CAAACCCAUAACAUAACACCUCCACCCAAUAAGACCAGAUCCACCACCACCAUUUCUACAUUCUCAUAUACUAUCACAUAUCAUUCAUUGUUAUCAAUCUUUUUGUUCUUUCAUUCUUCUAGAUUAGGUUGCUUUUUUAUUUAUGUUAUAUUACUACAAAAAUGGCUGCACCUCAACUUGAUCAUCUUAAUCAAUUAAAAGCCAUAUUUGCAAGAUUUGACAUGGACUCAGAUGGCAGCCUGACCAUUCUAGAGCUUGCAGCACUCCUAAGGUCCCUAGGACUCAAGCCAUCAGGUGACCAAAUUCAUGUCCUGUUAGCCAACAUGGACUCCAAUGGGAAUGGCUCUGUGGAAUUUGAUGAAUUGGUCAAUGCCAUAUUGCCUGACAUGAAGGAAGAAGUAUUGAUAAACCAAGAACAACUUAUGGAGGUUUUUCGUUCCUUUGAUAGGGAUGGCAAUGGCUACAUUACUGCGGCUGAGUUAGCAGGUUCUAUGGCCAAAAUGGGUCAACCACUAACGUAUAAGGAGCUGACAGAGAUGAUCAAAGAGGCUGAUACUAAUGGAGAUGGUGUCAUUAGCUUCAAUGAAUUCGCGGCUGUAAUGGCUAAAUCUGCCUCAGAUUUCCUAGGCCUCUCUUUGUGGUGACUAAUGUUAGGUGGCUUCCAAACAGAAGAAUAUAUGAUACAUCUGCACAUUUUGGGCUCCAUGAUAGAGCUCUCUAUUGACAAAGAUGUCAAAGUCAGUAUGUCCAGAAUCCAGAUCAACCUCUCUGCAUAGAGGGCUACGUUAUAAGCUAUGAUGCAGAGAAGCUACCUAGGUGAGACAGCCAACUUAAAAAUAAAGAAUCGAGAAUAGUUUGAGUUUCCCCACAGUACGAUUUAAUUUAAGGAAUCUCAUAUUUGCAAUUGCUUUAGGGAUUCCCAUUUACUUAAUGUUCAAGCUGCUUGGCAUUUCACCCUAGGAAGAAUUAAUUUUUUAUGGUAUAGUCACAGGGCCACCCAUUGAACAACCUUCCAUGAACUUUAGCCUUCAUGGCCAUUAAAUGGUUGCUUUUGUAGCUGGGCUAAAAAUUCUAGACUUCUAGUCAUGGAUAAUUAGUCUCUAUUU